UGUACAAUGGACGGGCCUGGCCCAAAUGCAAGAACAAUAUCAAUGGGUCGAAAUGAGAAGGAAGAAAAAACCCUAGGGUUUACUACAUAAGCGAAUUCUCUCUCUUCUGGUCCGCCGUCGCAGCCGCUCUUUCUUCCAGAUUCAACAAUGGCUUUUGCCAAAGCUCAGAAAACAAAAGCUUACUUCAAACGUUAUCAAGUCAAGUUUAAGAGAAGAAGAGAGGGGAAGACUGAUUAUCGGGCCAGAAUUCGUCUGAUCAACCAGGAUAAGAACAAGUACAAUACUCCCAAGUAUCGAUUUGUUGUCCGCUUUUCCAACAAAGAUAUUACAGCACAAAUUAUUUCAGCUAGCAUUGCUGGUGACAUAGUCCUCGCUUCAGCUUAUUCUCAUGAGCUUCCCAAGUAUGGGCUUGAAGUUGGUCUAACUAACUAUGCUGCAGCAUAUUGUACUGGACUUCUCUUGGCUCGACGUGUCUUGAAAAUGCUCGAGAUGGACGAAGAAUACGAGGGCAACGUGGAGGCUACUGGUGAAGAUUUCUCAGUUGAGCCAGCAGACAGCAGGAGGCCGUUCCGUGCUCUUCUUGAUGUUGGUCUUGUUAAAACUACAACUGGAAAUCGUGUUUUUGGUGCUCUUAAGGGGGCUUUGGAUGGUGGAUUGGACAUUCCUCACAGUGAAAAGAGGUUUGCUGGUUUUUCCAAGGAUGGUAAGCAGCUCGAUGCUGAAGUUCAUCGAAAGUAUAUUUUUGGUGGUCAUGUUGCUGCCUACAUGCGGACCUUGAUGGAAGAUGAACCAGAGAAAUAUCAAUCUCACUUUAGCGAAUAUAUCAAGAAAGGUAUUGAUGCUGAUAACAUUGAGGGAUUGUACAAGAAAGUCCAUGCAGCCAUUCGGAAAGACCCAGUAGCGAAGAAAUCUAACAAGCAACCACCCAAGGAACACAAGAGGUACAACUUGAAGAAGCUGACAUAUGAAGAAAGAAAAGCUCGCUUGGUUGAGCGAUUGAAUGCUCUUAACUCUGCAGUUGAUGCUGAUGAUGACGACGAGGAGGACGAUGAGUGAAAAGAUUAAGAUUAUGAAACAUAAGUUGGUAUCCGCAUCCCAGGAUUUUAAUGCAGUUUUGCUAUUUAUUAUUUUAUGUUUCCUUUUUCGUUGUAGAACAUUUUACAUCUUCAAAGUGUUCUGUUACCUAGAUGAUAAUACUUUUGUUCGUCCUGAGAGUCCCUUCUGAUGCAAAAUCAAGUGUUGCUUUACUGCAAUCUUAUUUUAUCUGAUUUAGGUAUUUAGUUCAUUCAUUCUCGUGUGUAAUUUUCAAUAUAUUAUGUCAUGGAAAUUAAAUCAUGCCUCGGUUAUUGAUCUUUUUGA